UCGGUUCUUCCUCGAUCUACCGGCCACCGGGUCAUGAGCACACACACCUGUUUGUGGGAGUAGGGAUGAGGGAAUGUGGCUGAUGAGCGAGAUGUGGAAUGCGGAACUGAAACAACCCUGAGAGCUACGGAUCGUCUGCGAAGGCCAAGUACAGAAAGCAUUGUACACUCGCAUCUUUAGGAUCUGGGGUGCGAAGGUAUACGGGAGCGCGCGAGUGCAUGGCCCAGAAGGUGGAACUCUUGCAUGAGAUGGGCACACACGCGGGAGAACGAAGGGUGCAUAGGCAGGGAGUGGUUCCAGCACUCCACACACGCUGGUGGGGACAAAGUGGCAGCGUGGCGGAAUCCCCCUUUGUGCACGUGCCGAUCGCCCCAAAGGCCCUCGUAAUCUUGUUGUAUCCUUGUGCGACUCACCAGCAACAAUCUGUGGUCUGCAAUCGCACAUGUGUUGAACUGCAUUCCACAUCUUUUGGCCUGCUGCUGCCUCCAAACCUCCCAGCACCCGCAGCGGCCGCAGCGGGGCAGCCGCCAUCACGCCGCCACAAAGGCACUCCCUGCACCACAGGCCGCAGAACGGCCCCGUGGCCGGUGGCGUGCACACACCACCGCGCCCGCCUCCGUGUGGGGCGGGCGCAUCACGCACCCCAUCCCAGGCGCUACGGCCAUCAAGAGCACCCACAGGCGCCGAUGGGCGCGCGAGCAGACACGAAUGCACACAUUUCAGCGCGUGGAACAAUGGACACGGAGCACACAACUUCCAACGCGGCAGGCGCCGCAGUCACGCUUCUCCCGCCAUCCCCCCGCCCCCAAACUUGCCGCACCGUCCGGGGCGGGCUCCGUUUGCGGCCUUUGUCAAGCUUCCACGUACAUGGAUUUGUGUCAAUCUCGAUCCAAGUCCACUGUUUGCUCCCUACGGUGAGACUCGAUUACACAUAUAAGCAGCUCUGGCAUCUGCUCUUUCGACCCACCAACAACGCCUCCUCCUCUCUACAACAGCCUCUCCAGCCUCACCCACCAACCCCACCAACCCAACCAACCCACCAACAAUGUCGGCCUUCACCACCGUUUUUGAGCAGCCCAAGAACUACGAGUCCUGGGACGACCAGAUGUGGUCCUCCUUCUGGUGCACCAUCGCCUAAGCGAUGCACCUGCAACCUCCCAUUGACAGUCACCCACUGACGGUCCCAUCGUGCCCUAUACAUUAGCUGCAACGAUGCAUAUUUUUAGUAUUUAAGCUGUGCAGCGCUCCUGCUUUGUCG